AUGGGCUUUGAGGAGCUUCUGAAGGAGGUGGGAGGCUACGGCCGCUUCCAGAUCCGCAAUGUGCUGCUCUUGGUCCUGCCCCGGCUCCUGCUGCCUCUGAACUUCCUCUUGCCAAUUUUCAUAGCUGCGGUGCCCAGCCACCACUGCGCCUUGCCAGCCCAGGACCCUCUUGACAACCUCACCCAAGAGUCAGCCUGGCUGGAAGCCUACGUGCCCCGGGAGCAGGAUGGCAGCCUCAGCUCGUGCUACCGCUAUCUCCACCCACACCACUCCAACACCACCCCCGAGGAGCAGGAGGACCAAGUCGUGCCCUGUCCUGAUGGCUGGAGCUAUGACCAAUCACAGUUCUACUCUACCAUCGCUACCCAGUGGGACCUGGUGUGUGAGCGAAAGGGACUGAAUCGCGUCAUAUCCACCUUCUUCUUCAUUGGUGUGCUGGUGGGGGCCGUGAUCUUUGGAUACUUGUCUGACAGGUUUGGGAGACGUCCAUUGCUCUUAGUAGCCUAUGUGAGCUCGCUAGUCCUGGGCCUGGUCUCCGUCAUUUCUGUCAGCUACAUCAUGUUUGUCAUCACUCGCACCCUCACCGGUGUUGCCUUGGCUGGCUUCACUAUCAUUGUCUUGCCCCUAGAGUUAGAGUGGUUAGAUGUUGGACACCGCACUAUGGCCGGCAUCCUGGCCAGCGCCUUCUGGUCUAUGGGAGUGAUGCUGCUGGCUCUGAUUGGUUACCUGAUCCGAGACUGGCGCUGGCUGCUGCUGGCUGUGACCCUGCCCUGUGUCCCGGGUAUCCUCAGCCUCUGGUGGGUGCCUGAGUCUGCCCGGUGGUUAAUGACCCAAGGUCGGGUCAAGGAAGCCCAACAUUACCUCCUCCAAUGUGCAGCACUCAAUGGCCGGCCCCAGGCUAGGGACAGACUAAGCACUGAGGCCCUGAGUCUGGUGGCCGAAGGGGAAAAGAUGGUCCGAAGGCCUUCCUACCUGGACUUGUUCCGGACACCCCGGCUCAGGCACAUCUCCCUGUGUUGCAUGGUUGUGUGGUUUGGGGUGAACUUCUCAUACUAUGGCCUAAGCCUGGACCUAUCAGGCCUGGGCCUGAACCUGUACCAGAUACAGUUGCUGUUUGGGGUAGUGGAGAUACCUUCCAAGAUGAUUGUCUACUUGUCCGUGCGCUAUGCAGGGCGCCGCCUCACAGAGGUGGGAGCCCUGCUGGGCACUGCCCUCACUGUGGGGGCUAGUCUGCUACUGCCCUCUGGGUUGGGCACAUGGAGAUUAGUCCUGGGAGUAGCUGGAAAAGGCUUUUCAGAAGCAGCCUUUACCACUGCCUACCUGUUUACAUCAGAGUUGUACCCCACUGUACUGAGGCAGACAGGGUUGGGACUGACCGCCCUGGUGGGCCGGCUGGGGGGCUCCCUUGCACCACUGGCCACCUUGCUGGAAGGGACAUGGAGCCCACUACCCAAGGUCACCUAUGGUGGGAUUGCCCUUGUGGCCUCAGCUACUGCUCUCCUGCUGCCAGAGACUCGCCAUGCAGAGCUUCCUGAGACCAUCCAGGACGUGGAGAAAAAGAGGACCUUGAAAGGCUCCCAAGAAGAGGGGACACCCAUGAAGGUAAUACGAAAUUAAGACAGGAGAUGCCAUGGUGCUGGGCAAAGAGCACCAGAUGUGACAUCAAGAUCUGGGUUGGAAUUCUGGCUCCAUCAAGUGCAAUAAGGAAUGGCCUCAAUUUCCUCAUCUGUAAAAUAAGUGACUAGACAAGAUCUCCAAGGUCGAAAUCCUGUGAUCCUAUCAAGUGAACGCUGACACCAUCUUUUUCCACUUGGUCCCUAGGGUGGUAAGUGAGUGAUGGGACUGACAGACCCCACUCCCACCCCAAGAUGGGGCAGAAUUGCAGCCAUGAUGCACACGGCUUCCUGACACUCUUUAAGAAUUGGAACAGACUGUAGAGAUGGCCUCAUCCUCAAGUACUUCUGCUUGAAUAUCUCUAAUAAUCGGACCAUCCACAGGGAUUCUCUCCCUGAUCUCUACCUGGGGUGUGUAAAGGAGCCCCCAUUCUCCUUUCUGGGGACAAGGCUACUGGAUGGGACAAGUGGGGAAAAAUGCUGGAACAGGAGUCAAGAACACCUGGGUCCUUGUCCCAGCUCUGUUACGUAGCUUUGUGGGUCUGUUUCCUCCCUCAGCUGUAGAUGGGGAUGAUAAUACGUGCCCAGCCUACCUCACAGGGCUGUUGUGAGGACUGGAUGAAAGAAUACUUACCAAGUGUCUUGGAAAGUAUAA